AUGGAUUCAGUGACCAUUCAAUUAGGAGCCUCUUCUUCCUCCUCCUCUUUCAACCAUUCAUGUACAUAUGAUGUCUUUCUCUGUUAUAGAGGCGCGGAUACCCACAACAAUUUUACAGACCACUUGUACAGCAAUUUGCUUCAAAGGGGAAUUAAAACCUUCCUAGCUGAUGUGCUUCUUAGAAGAGGAGAAGAACUAACAUUACCAAUGCUUUAUAAAAUCAUUGAAGACUCAAGGAUUUCUAUCAUCGUAUUCUCUGAAAAUUUUGCAUCCUCAGGCUGGUGCUUGGAUGAACUGGUUGAGAUCCUUCAAUGUCGAGAAUCAAACCAGCAAAUAGUUUGGCCAGUUUAUUACAAGGUGGAUCCCAUGGAUGUGCGCAACCAACAAGGUACUUUUGGUGAGGCACUUGCUAACCAUGAAAACAAAUUCAGAGAUGACAUGGAGAAGGUGCUGAGAUGGAGGGCAGCUCUUACAGAUGCAACAAAUUUGCCUGGGUGGUAUUUCUUGGACGGGCACAAUUCUAAAUUUAUUGAUAACAUUGUUGAAGAGAUUUCGGCACAAGUAUUAAACCGCACCUAUUUAAAUGUGGCAAAGCAUCCUGUUGGAAUAGAGUCUCGUGUAAAGGAUAUGAAUGAACUUUUAGGAGUUGGAGUAAAUGAUGUUCGCAUGGUAGGUAUAUGGGGGAUUCAUGGAAUAGGUAAGACAACAAUUGCUAAAGCUGUUUAUAAUUCGAUUGCCCAUGAGUUUGAAGGUAGCUGUUUUUUGGAAAAUGUUAGAAAAAAUUCAAUGGAACGUGGAGGCCUAGUCCAACUACAAAAGAUUGUUCUUUCUGAGAUUCUAGGGGAAGAGCAAUUGGAGUUUACCGAUGUUGAUGAAGGAAUAAAUGUGAUAAAGAAAAGGUUGAGCCGAAAAAGGGUCCUCUUAAUUCUUGAUUGCGUUAAUCAAAUGGAACAAUUAAAAAAAUUAGUCGGAGGUUCAGAUUGGUAUGGUUUGGGCAGUAGAAUCAUCAUAACAUCGAGAGAGAAACAUGUGUUAACCGCUCAUCAAGUUAACCUAACAUACAAGGUGGAGGAAUUAGAAUUUGAUGAAGCUUUUGAGCUCUUCAGUUGGAAUGCCUUCCCAAUAAAUAAACUUCCAGAUGAUUAUGCUAAAGUGGCUGCUGCAAUAGUACACUAUGCUCAAGGGAUUCCGUUAGCUCUCGGACUUAUAGGUUCACAUCUAUGUGGUAGAAGCAUAGAUCAAUGGAGAAUUGCAUUAGAUGGUUACAGAAGCGUUCCUAACUUAGAGAUUCAAGACAUUCUCAAAAUAAGUUACGAUGCACUAGAAGAUUCAGUGAAAGAAGUUUUCCUUGACAUUGCAUGUUUCUUAAACGGUAGAAAUAAGAAGUAUGUGAUAAAAAUGCUGGAAAGUUGUCACCUCAACCCUGAGUAUGGUAUUGAAGUACUGAUAGAAAAGGCCUUCAUAAUUAUUAAAAAAGAUCAUAUUUGGAUGAAUGACCUGAUAGAAAAACUGGGUAAAGAAAUAGUAGUUCGCCAAGAUUCUUUAACCGGGCGUGAAAGACUUUCACGUAGCAGAUUGUGGGAAUAA